AUGAGUAUUCCGGCUUUUGCGGCAGCCGCGGCUUACAAGGCAACAGAAACGCUCCAACAAAAGAAAUCCCAUGUCACCUUGAACCCUGUCUUCAAAAAUGACCGAUUUAUAACCACUCUUCUUACCGUAGCUCCUGUUAUGGCCCUUUCGGUUUUGCUGGUCAUUGCGCCUGCAGGUUUCACGCCAGAAAUUCUAACUUGCUCCUUGCGGACUAAAAAAGUCAACGAAACGGGCUCAACCUGCGACACUUUUCACGUCGCGGAUCACAAUUUCAUCAAUAACUACUGUUUCUCCCGAAUGGCGCAUUACGAAGUCGACGAAUUCGGCAACGUUGAUUUGGAAUCAAAAACGACACUUAGGUUUUUGAAGCUUUUUCCUUAUAUUUUGUUGGCUUUGACGACCCUUGGAGCUUGGACUGGUAUUUGCUGGGAAAUAACGAGCAUUAAAAGAAUAGGGCAAGCCGAAUAUCUGAUGGACGGAAUAGAAGAAGCAACAGGAGAACUUAUCGCUGGCCUGAAAGCUGUGUCGAAUAUCUUGAACAAGCCAAAGAAAAAGAUCCUCCAAGAACAAAACUUGGAGAAAAAGUCCAUUUACGGAAGCAUGAUGUCGAUCAACAAAGCAGGGCCAGAACAGAAGCAAGCGAUGCGACAUAAUCGGCAAGCUCGAGCGUCUGUCAGACAGCGAAUCGCAUCGAAUUUGACAAGAGAAACUUCCAAGUGUCAAGAAAAGCCGAAUGCCCUUGAGAAGAUUGAUAUCCGGAUAGAAGACGAAGUGAUAAGCCUAAAAGGCGACAGCCCUCAAAAACCUCCUCUCGGAACUCUGGCGAUCAAAGAAGUCACUAAAAACCUCUCCUCAUCCAUCUACGAGUCUUUAGAAGAGCACUGGAAGAAAAACGACACUCGAGCAAAAUUCAUGGAAUUGGAAGAUCUAAUGGAGGCGCGAGCUGGAUCAUCAGAUUUUCUGACGACGAUUUAUUUGAAUCGGGUGAACUGCUUGAUUGUUAAUAUUGUUGCGGGAGGAGUUUUGUUCCACUGGUUUGUUUAUCGAAUCUUUGACUUGAACUCUUUCAAUUGCUUGUUGCCGGAGUAUUAUCACUAUCAAACUUCGAAUGGUGAAUUCUGGCAGACAACAAGAUGUUAUUUCAAGCCGCUUGGAUCCUGGCUUUUGGUUUCAUUCCUGACAUUUACCCUCUAUUGUUUCACAUUCCUGCUCCAAAUCUACUUUUGGUACAUCAGCGUCAACAAAUGGAAGAAAGCCUACACACUUAUUCAAUAUCUGCCCAUAACAUGUGCCAUGGCUGAGGAUAGCCUAUCAGAUUUGCAUGUUCUGAUGGCGAAGAUUUCCGAAAACGACGGCGCUAGAAAGACCCUGUCAAUGUGUGAUAAAGUCCUUUCCGCUUUGAACAAAAGCGAACACGAAAAAUUCCUGCUUGUUCUUCUCGAAGUCAUCGUCUGGGGAGAAACAGAUGAGAAAGUCGACGGACUCGUCAGUAAAAUACUUCGCGCCAAAUAG